AUGGUUGAGGAACGCCAUAAGCGUUUUAUGAAGUUGAACCGCAAUUUGUAUUUAGUCCAUCAGAAAUUCAUCCUCGAUUGUGCUAAUGCAAACAUUGGUCCAACUUUAAGUUUUAGCUUACUUAAAGAAGUGCUUGGUGGAUUAGAUUAUGUAGGGUGUACUGUUUUAGAAGUGCGCAACUAUAGACGUGACCUUAGAGCAUACGUGGAAGGAGCUGAUGCACAAAUGUUAUUAAACGAGAUGCGAAGGAAGAAGGAGCUUUGUAGUGCAUUUACAUAUGAGUAUGAGGUCAACUUAAAGGAUAGGAUGACACGAUUGUUUUGGUGUGAUCCUACUGCCAAGAGAAACUAUCAUUUGUAUGGUGAUAUUGUUUCGUUUGAUACGACAUACUCAACAAAUAGGUACUGUAUGAUAUUUGCUCCUUUUACGGGCAAGGAUAAUCAUGGUAGCCAUGUGACAUUUGUUGCUCGCCUUUUGUCCAAGGAAAAUGCCAACUCAUUUUCAUGGUUAUUUAACCAAUUUGUAAAGUGUAUGGGUGUGGCUCCCAAACUCAUUGUAACAGACCAAGACUUAGGAAUGAAAGUUGUUGUUGAGGAGGUCCUUGUCAAUACAAGACACCGGUGGUGUAUGUGGCAUGUUAUGAACAAAGUUGCUGACAAAUUGCCAAAGAACAUGCUUGGUAGUGAACAACUAAAGAAGAAACUGAAUGCAUAUGUAUGGUUGGAGUUGAUAGAACUUGAUGCAUUUGAGGAAACUUGGCAUGCUAUAAUGGAAAGAUAUGGGCUGGCCAAUAAUGACUGGUUUUCACCAAUGUUUACAUCCAGAAGGUUUUGGGUUCCAGCCGUUUUCCGUGAUUUUCCGAUGAGUUCGUUGAUAAAGACAACUUCUUUGUCUGAAUCACAUAAUAGCUUCUUUAAAAGGUACUCAAAGUCUCGGGCUAACCUUAUGCAAUUUUAUAUGAACUAUAACCAUGAUCUGAAGACUCAAAGAAGUAAUAGCGCAAAGCUUGAAUACUAUGAUCUAUUGUGCAGUCAUAUAUUUUGUGAGUUGAAAUAUAAGUUUGUUAAGUUGAUACCCGAGAAGUUGUGUGGAGGGAGAUGGUUGAAGUCACAGUUUGUAAAGCCAAUAUAUGGAGGUUUUUGUGAUGAUCAAGAAAUACACCUUGUUGUGGACAAGAAGAAGAUUGCAUUUAAAAACUUGUAUGCAUUAUUCAUUGAAACAGUACAAAGUAUUGAAGGGAACAUUGAUCAAAUCAAUGCAUUUGCUGCAAUUAUGGAAGAAGGUAAGAAGCAGCUUCUCGGAGAAGGUGUUGUUUUGUCUUCUACAGAGAAGAGAACAUUGAUUGAGAACUUCUAUGGCUCACAAGUUCCGAACUUUAUUGAAGUUCAUCCUCCUGAUGUUGUUAGUACAAAGGGAAGUGGAAGUAUGAAGAAAUCAAAGAAGGAGUCGACAAUGAAGUUAGCAAUGAAACCAGGUCGAAAGUGUGGAAACUGUCAUGAGAUUGGCCACCAUGAUUCUAGGAACUGCAAAAAGGUUAAUGAAAAGGUAAAUCAGAGGCAGUGA